UAUGCCAAUGGCGACAAUGCCACACUGAAGCCGACAUGGAUCCAGAACGAGACGGCCGCUUGUUCCCAUCUCUCAUAUCCAUAGUUUUCCUUAUUUUGAGCAUCGACACUGACCGUGUGGAGACGCGAGGAACUUGCCACUAUUUCAGCAUUGUAAAGAAAAACUGGACCACUGCAUUGGACAUAUGCAUGGGAAUGAGCAUGUGCCUGGCAGACUUUGACACUCGCAAACACUUUGAAAUUCUGGACACGCUGAAUGUGAAUCACACGCAGUACUGGUUUGGCUUGAACAGACACUUCCAGCCGGAAUGGGAAUACGUAUCGAAUAACCACAAGACGCGAUAUUUGCCACCCGCACAUAACUUGAAGAAACCCAAUCGCAAUUGUGGACUGCUAAGGGCUGUGAGGAAAAGAACCUACGGCGUCAACAGUGAGCACUGUGAGCAGGAAAAGAUGUUUGUCUGCGCGGAGUCUGUGUUCUGCAGGCAGAAGAAAGAGUUGACACGAUAUUCCAGUGGCUACAACACGUUGCCGAGGCCGGGUAAGAGCAGCUGCAGUCGCAGAUAAUAAUUAAAGUUCCAUCAGCGAUUAAAUGUCUAA